GCGCGCGCACGAGCACACCUGGCAGCGCCGUCUGUCCCAUCCCAUUACCUUUUGCCGCGCGUGCUGGCGCCAGUUAGUCUGCCACACUGCACCGAAGGUCGCCCUAGGCUCUGACUCGGCUGCCCCUCGCAGCUCUUAGUGCUGUCCUCAACCCCGCAUUCUGCGCAGUACCUACACGUCGUAGUCGAUCUGCACGCCACCUUCGCCAGAGCGUUGGUAGGCAAACGACACCUGAAGUGUGUCUAGAGGAGGAUCAACUGUAGGCCGUCGACAAAAUAAUACUGAGGGCUAGAGGUUUACGUUGUUAGUUGUACUCUCCAUGGCCUGCGUCAGCGCCAUCAACAACAACAACAACAACAACGUCGUCCUUGGUGGUGCAGUCUCAGAUUGCGACAACAUGAACGGAGUCACCGUCAGCGCCACCAAGCCGGGCUCGAAGCCGGAGACGGCGUACACUCGCGGCCAGGCCACGCUAUUCGGCUUCAAGAGGCGCCCGCUUCCCGCCGCCGCCAGCACACCCGCCGCUCCGCCGGACAACAGCGCGCCGCUCAGCAACGGCUCCUCCCAGGAAUCACUGACUGCUAUAAGUCCUAUCCAGUCCGGCAGAUCAACUCCUCGCUUGCCACGUUCGAAGAGGGAUAUUGACGGCAAUCAAACUGUAAGCAGUGGAUCCGCAUCACUGAGGCCAAACCGCUUUGGAUUCAGAGGGCCCUCUCUCACCAACAAGGUUGCAGACGUCAACCGUGACAUUCCCAUUGUAUCACCCAUCACUACUAACAGCCAUACAACUAGCAGCAGCAACAACAACAACAACAAUAAUAAUAACAGCAACAUUAACAACAACAACAGUGGCACUGUUGAAACAGAUAGCCAAGGAAGUGAGAAACCUAGGUCCAAAGGAGGAGGGCGAAAUCCACAGUCUGGUAUACCGAGACCGAAGGAAGCAGUAAGCAGUAUACCAGUGCCUGACAGCAACAGACAAGUAAAGCGAUCAGCCAUUCCACAGCCAAAUAAUGCUACAUGUGCUACACGCUUCACUCUGCAGACAACUCUCUUACCAAAACCUCAGUACCCUGUCAGGCUGACAUCUGUGGAUGCCGAGGAAACGGAGUCCCUCGCUCCUUCAAAGAAUGCCAAGACGGCGGCCAAUAAGAAGCGAGCAGGUCGUAUGGGCUCUGGAUCCUCUGGCAGCCGAGAGGAUGGCUCUGAUUCAGGGAUUGGUAUAGGAAAUGGAGAUUCUGACACACUACAUGGCAUUGAGCAGCUGGAACGCAGUCCUAGUGCUGGUCUUCGCAGGAAAGCUCGUCACCUUGAAGUAGUCUUGGGCAACAACAAGAGCUUUGAUGUCAGAGAUAUAACAGACAAAGAUAAAGAUGAAGAAGAUGAUGGACAGACAGUUAUUACUGAAAUAUCAGUCAUCUCACUGCCCAAAUCAAACUACCGUACAGCAUCUAACAAAAAGGCUGUUACUACCAGCGGGAUCAGGAGGCCGCUCAGAUAUCAGGGGUCAGGUAUACCGGCUUACGGUAAUGUGGGCUGCAGAACAGCUGAUGAAAGUUCUAUUGCAACAAACAGUGUCUCCUCUCCAUCUUCAGAAGAACACCGAGAUGAUGAUAGCUGUAGUUUGGACACAGAGGAGGCAAAAGUAUUUGACGACAGGGCACAAAAUGAGAAGUCUGCUCGUGACCUGCUGAGUGUUGGUGGAGGCCCAGAGGAAGAUUUGUGGGGCCAUGGUGAGGCAAUGGCAGAGGGGUACAGUAGUUCCGAAGGGGGUGAUGAUUGCCCUGUGUCAAUAUCUGCCACUGAUAACACCAACAGUUCAGAUGAUCUGUCUGUCAGUCGCUUAGCUGCACGUCAUCACAGCUUGCACCAUGCUAGGCCAGCAGGUUAUGAGCCAAACAAGCGCGUAACCAUCGAGGACACUUUAUUCGCUGCAAUAGCAGCGUCCUCUUCUGCAACACUAAUUGAGGAUGAGCGAAGCCCAGCUGAUAGUAUGAUAAGCAGUGGUUCAGCUAGUUCAGAGGCUUCAGAAGAUGUGUCAGAGUGUUUGGAUACACACAGCUUAGUACAGGAAUCAGAUCAUGUUGACUCUCAAGAAAAGGAUGCAGAUGGAUCACAGAAAAUUACAGAACGGCCAAGUUCAGUGGCAGUGACAUCCCACCCCCAUUCUCGUGAAGUUGCAAGUCCCUUAAGUCCGGGAACACCUACCAAUGCUUCGAACUCUCUUUCACUGUCUGAAGGGCGAGAUUUUCUGAUUGAUGAUGAAAUUGCUGACCAACCUGGUCUGACAUUUGGUGGUAGUGGCACUGCUGGCAGUGCAGCUGUUGCGGACCUCACCUCCUCAUCAGCAGGUUGCAGUAGCCUCCUGCUGUCAGUCACGGAAAAUACUACCACACUGGUUGAUUCCAGUCCUCGACCAGCAGUCAGACAGCACAUUGCAUCUCUAUCAGCGGAGGGAAGUCCAGGUCCGAAACGAGGUCGCCGAUUAAGCAGGGCUGGGUCAGUUGACACACUGUCUCCCUGUGAGAGCAUUGCAUCAGAUGAUCUCAUGCUGGACUAUGAACAGAGUGAAGGGAGCGCGUUUGACUGUACAGCAGAAAGCCGGCUUGAUGGAUCACUGGGUGGUCUCCAGUCCACUGGUGAUAGUGUGCAUGGGGAUUCUGAGGCAGACUCCUGCAAGUUAAACUCUAUUGGGGAAUGGUCAUCCGUGCUUAGAGCCAGCAUGAAGGAGGCUGCGUUGGUGGCGGGACGUCCAUCACGUGCCCUGAGAUCUCGUACCGGGAGCACACCGACACCAACUCCUGACUCGCCUAAGUCCUCUGUGGGGGCCAAGGCUAGUCCUCUCCGUCCUACCAGGCAGUCUUCUGCUUCGGCAUCUGGAUCGGACUGUGAAGAUGGUGGACUUUGGUUGGACCGACAUACGUACCAUUCAAUCUGCCAAGAUAUUGUCAAUCAUAAAACAAUGCUUUUGAAGUUGCUUCGACACCUGCAAAAGCCAAUUCAGAAUGAAGAGAACGGUUUGAUGAGGGCUGAAACUCUCAACCCAUUCGACACUCAAUUGAAGAAUGGUCUCUUCUAUAAUUUGGCAAGUACUGAUGGUCCUGUUGGUGAGACUGAUGAAACAAAUCGAUCUCCCCAAGAGGAACUGGCUGAUUUGAGGCGGCAGGUGGUUUUCCUCCAGCAGCAGCUAGAAGAUAAAGAACGAACCAUCCAGCUGCUUCAGGUGCAGAUCACGAAGUACACGGACAAAGCACGUGAGAACAAUGUGCACACAGACCAGGCAGAAACUGUCAAUGCUGCCACACAAACUGAGAGAUUGAGACCAGUCUCUGCUGGGCCUUCGUUGCUGCAGUCCCUCCCAUCAGACUCUGCAAAUGGGCCAUUGGUCAGUUCGAGUGAAGUGUGGCUACGGAGAGCUUCGACUGCGACCCGGCUGCCAGCACCUUCACCUACCGUCGCAAGGUUACCGAAGCGUGGGACAGCUGCCACAGUGCAGUCAAACUCUGCCCAGCUCCCAGUUCAUAGCCACACACCGUCCUCUGGCAUCCCAACGAGAAGGCCUCAGCAGCUUCCUGUCGUGACUACAAAGACUAGCUGACAAAGAGCACAGUAAAAACCUUCUACAAAUGUGCAAUAUUUUUCAAAGGUGCGCUAUUGACCCUCUCCACCUCCUUGAAAUGUGACUCCCCCAUUCUAGAAAUCCCCUGCCCACUGCAGCCCUACUUUUCACUUCAGGAGAUAAAUCAUUUUAAUCCAGUUUUCUGUUUAGAACAAGCAGACGCCAAAAAAAAUUAUACUUUCUCUAUUCUCCACCCUACUCAAUCCACUAAGAACAAAGAGUACACAAAUAUUUACCUGAUACUAUGCAACCAGUAUGAUCUGUUUUUAAUUACCUAAGGACUCUAUUAGGCUUACUGAGAGAUAGUUUUGUAACUUUUUGGGAUACUUCUUAAAUAUUUGAUGACUUUAAUGCCACUGACAGUCGUAUCAUAUGUCUGUUGUUGCCACACAAAAGUAAUUUUGUUUACAUAUUUGGUUACUCUCUUCAGAGUAAUACCAGGUUUGUUUCUAUCAGGUUCCAAUACUUGUGUGAAACUUUUAGGAGACUGAAGCUGUAACAGUGGUGAAUAGUGGAAUACAUAUAAGCAGCUAAGUUAGUUGAUCUCAGAGUUGUGAAGUCUGUGUAACUGCAGAUGUCUUUCAUUGUAGCUGUGUUUGGUGCGGGUGGGUGGGUGGGUAGGUGAGGUGAGGUUGUGUGUGUGUGUGUGUGUGUGUGUGUGUGUGUGUGUGUGUGUGUGUGUGUGUGUGUGUGUGUGUGUGUGUGUGUGAGAGAGAGAGAGAGAGAGAGAAUGAAUAUGGAUGUAACACAUUUCAUUUCUUUUAUCAAUAAAAUUGAUUGAAGAAGGAAAAAAUGUCACCUUGAGAGUCUGUGCAAUGUCACCCAUUCAUCUGAAUUACUUACGUAGUACCAGUAGGAACUGUGGGCCUUCUAGGUCUAUUCAACCAGUAAAAGUGUAAUAGAUACACUGUCAUUCUGACUCUUUUAAUAUAUUACAAGAAACUUUGUGUGUUGUUUCUGUGUGUGUAGUAUACAGUACAGUCAUAUUGGUGCUUUCAGUUUUCAGUGCAGUUUGUUUGUGUCCCAACUUUACACAGUGUUCCACUGUACAUAUUAGAAAAAAACAGGGUGUUCUUUCCAGCUGCUGAGACAUUCUGCAUCCAAUGUGUGGCCUUCAUGUUCUUAAAGACAGUCGGACAUUAACUUGAUAUCUAAUGAUUAUCUGAUGAAAACAUUAGGUGUGCAGAUUACCUGUAUAACAGAUCAUUUUGAACUGAUUAACAAGUAUUAAGAAAACUCAUACUAAAACACUUGUAUCAAUAAAACUAGACUUGUUACUCACUUGCCAGAGCAUACUGAAAGGAACAGAUAUUCUAGGAUGCUGUUGAUAAAUCCUCUUAUUGCAUAGCUUACACAACUACUUUUAUAGGAAAGCUCCCACAUGUCCAUGAGAGACAAAUUGCUUCGGUGGUAUAACUCCGUUGCUUUAAAAAAGUUGUAUAGUCUGGCAGGAAAUGGAGGAAUGUCAACACUGUGCAAUUGAAUACCAAAUUCUUCCACGACAUCUUGUUUUACUAAUCAGUUCAUCAUUGUUGAAUUAAAAUGUAAGUUGAUGUUCAUUACAUUUUCAUUUUCUCUCUAAUAUUGCCUAAAGAAACUUGCAGUUUCUGAACAUUAUAUGAAAGAUUUUAAAUAUUCAGGCCUUUUAUGGAUCAGUUUCAUAUAACGAAGUUCUGUAGAUAGUAAAAUUGAAACUUGUGUAUUGUGUAUAAUUAACAAGGGUUAAUGGUUCACAAGUAAACAAAUACAUAAACAUCAAAUAAGCUGACUGUAUCCCACAUCACAAAGUACCCAUUGUACUCAUAGAUGAAAAUGUGUAUUUCAUACUUAUUCUCUGAUGAAACUAGACCUAAUAAAGUGUAAACUUAUUUGUCAAAAGGCAAGAAAGGUACUUAAACACAAUUAGAUGUUUGAUUUUUUUUCCAUUGACUGUCAGUAACAACACAGCUGAAAUGACUCAGAUGUAAUAUAUUUUAAUAUGUAAUAAAAUAUGUAAAAUCAGUAAUCAUGUCUGCAGGUAGGGGGAUAAUUUCUUGUAUAACUAUCUUUCUAGUUGUGCAUCUGUAUGCAUAAGUACUGUGAUUACGGCUUUGCAGUAUUGUAAAUUUACAAUCAGAAACAUUCCUUAAAUGAAAAUUGUUUUUUGUCAUUGCUUUGUAAUAGUGUGUAAAUGAUCUCAUCAUUUAGUUAUAAUGUACUUAAGAAAGCUUCAACAUUUGCCUUCCCGCAAAUUGUACUUGGAGCACAAAUGUAAAAAUUGUGAGAGCACAAGAUUUGACUGUGUUUUGUAAUGGGUGAUACACACCAGUAUUCAAUGAGGAAAGUGAUAUUAACAUACUUCCUGCUGUUGCUAGUGCCAGCAAAAUUAAGUAAACAGUAUAAUUUAAAAAUAUAGUCUUAAAUAUCAUGUUGUUUCAUCAUCUUUCAGUUCUCUAAGUUCAGUAUUUCAUAUUUAAAUUCAUUCUGGAAAAGCAGUUGACCAUUUCAGUGGUGCAGGUUUCAUUCUCAAUCAUAAUUUUAUAAAAAAAAAACUAGAGUGGUACCAUCCAGUGCAGAAAAGAUAUCGAAUACAAGUCAAUGCGUGUGUAAAAUUUGUUUUAUUGUAAAAUAAAGUUUUUUGAUUAUGG